AUGGUGUCAAGAUAUGAGAAGAAGAAAAACCUGACCAAACUCAUCAUCCCUUCUUCUUCUUCUUCUCCCAACCCAUCCCCAUCCCCAUCGCUAUCACAAUCCACCCCAAGCCCACACGUCAUCCACAGUAGGUCCCACUCCUUUGUGGGCCCCUCCCCUCCCUUCAAUCCCUCUUCAACCCCUCUCUUCUCCGUCGACGAGGACGAGGACGACGACGAAGUAAAAGAAUCUCGUAUUUCAGACCCCGUUAAGAUUGGACCUUCCGAUUUUCAUAUUCUCCGAGUUGUAGGGCAGGGUGCCUUCGGCAAGGUCUUCCUUGUCCGAAAAAAGGGAAAUUGCUUCGGUGAUGGUGAUGGUCAUGGUGAUGGGGUCUUCGCCAUGAAGGUCAUGAGAAAGGACAUCAUCAUAAAGAAAAACCACGUUGAUUACAUGAAAGCGGAGAGGGAUAUUCUCACUAAAGUCCUUCACCCUUUCAUUGUUCAGCUACGUUACUCCUUUCAGACCAAAUCUAAGUUAUAUUUGGUGUUGGAUUUUAUAAAUGGAGGGCAUCUCUUCUUCCAUUUGUAUCGGCAGGGUAUCUUCAGUGAGGAUCAAGCAAGGCUUUACACUGCUGCGAUAGUGUCUGCUGUUUCACAUCUUCACAGCAAGGGCAUCGUGCAUCGGGAUCUUAAGCCUGAAAACAUUCUUAUGGAUUCUGAUGGGCAUGUCAUGCUGACUGAUUUUGGAAUGUCGAAAGAGAUUGAUGAAUUGGGAAGAUCCAACUCUCUUUGUGGGACUGUGGAAUAUAUGGCUCCUGAAAUUCUACUGGCUAAAGGCCAUAACAAAGAUGCCGAUUGGUGGAGUGUUGGUAUUCUGUUGUAUGAAAUGCUAACAGGGAAGGCACCAUAUACGCACACUAACAGAAAGAAACUUCAGGAGAAAAUUAUUAAAGAGAAAGUUAAACUUCCACCAUUCCUUACCAGUGAAGCUCACUCAUUACUCAAAGGAUUGCUGCAAAAGGAUCCAUCGACAAGGUUAGGACAUGGGCCAAGUGGAGAUGAGCAGAUCAAAAGUCAUAAAUGGUUUAGGUCGAUCAAUUGGAAAAAAUUGGAGGCAAGAGAACUAGAACCAAAGUUUAAACCAGAUGUGUCUGGGAGAGAUUGUACAGCUAACUUUGACAAAUGUUGGACAGCAAUGGCCCCUAAUGACUCGCCAGCACCCACACCUACAGCAGGUGACCAUUUCCAGGGUUAUACUUAUGUGGCACCCAACCCUUGGCUUUCAUAA